AUGAGCCGACAGAACUUGCUUCCAGCAGCGGCUGGAAUGCCAUUGACCUGCACCAUUUGCCCCAAAAAGCCCAACUUCUCCGAUGUCAGCCACCUCCUCACCCACAUCGGCAGCAAGGGCCAUCUCGUGCAGUAUUACAAGAUUGAGGUCAAAGCCAACACCGACGCUAUGAGCCGCAGAAGUCUCGCGGAGUAUCGGGAAUGGUAUGACGAGUGGAACCUGCAGGACAUGAUGAGCGAGCGUCUGGACCAGAAGGAGAGGAAGAAGGCUGGGUCUGCCAAUGGCAACUCGCGUCGCACGUCUGUCGCCAACUCCAAUGCUUCCAACAGAUCGACUCCGCUGAUGAGCGCUUUGCCCGGGCGGCGAACACAGGCUCUCCGUGAGAACACUCUCGAUCCACAGCUCGGCCCAAGGAUCAAGAUCGAGCCCAGAUCGAGGUCAAACACCCCUGGCUUUUACGAUGCAGCUUCCAUGCAUCGCUCGUAUGCACCGCCGAUGCAAGGCUGGCCAACCACACCAUAUGCAACAGGCUCGCUGUACCCGGAUGGAUCAGCGCACGACAGCAUCUACGAUACAUCCUCUGGCGAAUCGGACGACGAGGACUACGAAGUCCCCGCUCGAUCCACCACGCGUCCCAAGCGGCGGAGCACGAACAAGUCCAUCGCCUCCUCCGCCGUGGAUGACGAGGGCGAUGAUGAACCAAACGACAGCACCAAGCUGAAAGGUAUCAUCUGGCCCGGAAUGGAUCUCUUCGAUUCCGCCACGUAUAAGAUGCGUCGCAAGCGUAACCAGAAGAAGGCAACAUCGGUUGUCGAGCAGCUGCAGGCCACCAGCGAGAUUAUCGAGGCGACCGAGUUGGUGUUUGAUAGUGAAGGUGUCCUCAAGCGGGAGCGUCCCAUCACUGGUGAGCCGGAAGAGCACGACGGCCACAGCCCGCUGCCGGGAGAGCGCACACCGGAGCCAGAACCGGCGGCUGGCGAGAAGAAGGCUGGCCGUCGGCCGCGUCCAGCUUUGACGGAGAAGCAUGUCAACAGCGGGCGGGAGUUGCGCAACAAACACAACACACGCUCGAAGAAGCCCAGUCGUGUGUCCAAACGGCCAGCGUACUUUGACGAUGCCGAAGAUGAUGACGAUCUCACCUAUGGCCGACAGCCCGCCCGCAAGAAAAGGAGCGGCCUGAGCAUCCAUCGUGACAACACCGGUCCAGAUAUCUCCUUCGAUCGUCCGGCGUCGAUGAACACACUCAACUCCGGCUUCCGCAAUCCGUUCCGGAAUGGUUCGAGCCAGCUUUACACCAAUGCCUCGUUCCCACAAGGUGGGAAUCAUCGGAGCCAUCGACAUCAACUCUCCUUCUCUUACCCCCACGGCUUUCGCGGGAUACACAACCCUCUCAGCAUGCCCCCGCCGCCCAACUUUGGCAGUUUCGGACAGCUGAGCGGACAUUCCAUGUUCCCAACCUUCCACAAUCCUCAUUCCUUCCCGUUUGCCAACGGUCAACAGCCGCUUGCAGCCUUCCCACCGCAGUUCACCGUCCCCUCGCAGCCUUUUGUCUCCGUUAAUGACGGCACUGCUUUCGCUGCUGCAAGUGCGGGCGGCCCUGGUCAACAGACCCACCAUCAGUCGUGGGACAACAUGUUUGCCAACCUCGGGCAGACGACCGACAACCUCGACGUGCAGCAAACCGGGCACGAAGUCAACUUCCACAUGAAUGGCGAUUUUGGGCAAGUGAAUCCGCUUUUCAUGAGCAGUGCGCAUCCCGUGCCGGAAGACGACGAGGCUACCGUGUCGCCGCCGAGCGAGCACUGA